CAUGGCGACCAUACGGAGUCUCGAUCAUACCAAAUCCGAAGCCGAACUGGCCAUCAACAUCCGAAAGGCCACCAGCGCCGAAGAGUCUGCCCCGAAACGCAAGCAUGUUCGAAGUUGUAUCGUUUACACAUGGGACCACAAGUCUUCCCAAUCCUUCUGGGCAGGCAUGAAGGUUCAGCCUAUCAUGGCCGACGAGGUCCAGACUUUCAAGGCCCUCAUCACCAUUCACAAGGUCUUACAGGAGGGCCACCCGGCGACACUGAGAGAGGCCAUGGCAAACCGCGGUUGGAUUGACAGUCUGAACCGCGGCAUGGGCGGCGAAGGUAUGCGUGGAUAUGGGCCCUUGAUCAAGGAAUACGUUUAUUAUCUCCUUGCCAAGCUUUCUUUUCACCAACAGCACCCCGAGUUCAACGGCACGUUCGAGUACGAGGAAUACAUCAGUCUCAAGGCCAUCAACGAUCCGAACGAGGGUUACGAAACCAUUACCGACCUCAUGACGCUGCAGGAUAAAAUUGACCAGUUCCAGAAGCUCAUCUUCUCUCACUUCCGGAACGUCGGCAACAACGAGUGCAGGAUAUCUGCCCUCGUCCCCCUCGUCACCGAAAGCUAUGGCAUCUACAAGUUCAUCACCAGCAUGUUGCGCGCCAUGCACUCAUCUACUGGCGACGCCGAGGCGCUGGAACCGUUGCGCGGAAGAUACGAUGCCCAGCAUUACCGACUGGUCAAGUUUUACUACGAGUGCUCAAACCUCCGCUAUCUCACCAGUCUGAUCACGAUUCCCAAGCUUCCCCAGGAUCCGCCCAACCUCCUGGCCGAGGAUGAGAACGCACCUGCUUUGCCUGCUCGGCCAAAGCACGAAAUCGAAAAGCGCCCGACACCUCCGCCCCCAGCACCGAAAUCCGAAGAGCCCGAUGACAUGGCCGAGUUCUGGAAGAAUGAGCUUGACAGACAGAACCGGGAAUACGAGGAGCAGCAGCGGGUUUUGGAAGCACAGCAGCAGCAGGCGUUGCUAGCGCAGCAGCAAGCACAACUACAAGCGCAACGUGAUUUCGAAGAACAGCAACGGCGGUUGAUGGAGCAACAGCAAAGGGAGCAAGAGGCCUUGAUGGCCCAGCAGACACAAUGGCAGACUCAAGGGCGGCUUGCUGAGCUUGAACAGGAGAAUCUGAAUGCCCGGGCCCAGUACGAGCGGGAUCAACUAAUGCUUCAGCAGUACGACCAAAGGGUCAAGGCUCUAGAAAGCGAGUUGCAACAAAUCCAGGGUAACUACGGGCAGCAAAUAAACAGCCGAGACGACCAAAUCCGUGCUCUACAAGAACAACUCAACACUUGGAGGACAAAGUAUGAAGCGCUUGCGAAGCUCUAUUCCCAGCUUCGCCACGAGCAUCUCGAUCUCCUCCAAAAGUUCAAGACGGUACAGCUGAAAGCGGCUUCCGCUCAGGAAGCGAUUGAGAAGCGGGAGAAGCUUGAGCGUGAGAUCAAGACCAAGAACUUGGAGCUGGCAGACAUGAUUCGUGAGCGCGAUCGUGCUCUUCAUGAAAAGGACAGGCUGCAAGGCUCGAAUAAGGACGAGGUUGAGAAGCUCAAGAGGGAGUUGCGGAUGGCCUUGGACCGCGCCGAUAAUCUGGAGCGCAGCAAGGGCAACGAGCUUUCUACAAUGCUUUCCAAGUACAACCGCGAGAUGGCCGAUCUGGAGGAAGCUUUGCGUAUCAAGUCACGAGCACUGGAAGAGGCCCAAGCCAAGCUACGGGAUGGAAGCUCGGAUCUUGAAGCGCUACUUCGCGAGAAGGAGGAGGAGCUCGAGGUAUACAAAGCUGGCAUGGACCAGACACUGAUCGAGCUCAAUGAGCUCAGGAACAACCAGGGUGUCUCCGAUUCAGCCCUUGACGGCCAGCUGGACGCUUUGAUCCUCUCCCAGCUGGAGAAGGUCAACGAGAUUAUCGACUCUGUGCUUCAAGCUAGCGUUCAGCGUGUUGAUGAUGCCAUGUAUGAGCUCGAUUCUGACAUGCAAGCCGGAAACCAGAACGCCUCGCCUUCCUAUGUCCUCUCGCAGAUUGAGAAGGCGUCUGCGAGUGCCACGGAGUUCGCUACCGCUUUCAACGUCUUCAUCGCCGAUGGUCCCAGCAGCAGUCCGGCGGAGCUGAUCAAGAACGCCAACGUUUUCGCUGGCGCCAUCGCCGAUGUGUGCAGCAACACCAAGGGUCUCGUUCGCCUCGCUACUGACGAGAAGAAGGGAGACUCUUUGAUCAACGGUGCUCGUUCAUCUGCCCAUUCGACAGUCAAGUUCUUCCGCGGUCUGUUGAGCUUCCGCCUUGAGGGCAUGGAUCCCCUUCAGAAGACCGACGUCGUCAUCAACAGCAAUAACGACGUCCAGAUCAACCUACAAAAGCUGAACAAGCUUGUCGAGACCUUCGCCCCUGGCUUUGGCCAGCUCGCUAACAAGGGUGACCUUGGCGGCAUCGUCGAUCAAGAACUCAGCAGGGCGGCCGAUGCCAUUGCUGCUGCCGUUGCCCGUUUGCAGAAGCUCAAGAACAAGCCUCGCGAUGGAUAUACUACCUACGAACUCAAGGUCCACGACUCAAUCCUCGAUGCCGCCAUGGCCAUUACUACUGCUAUCGCGCAGCUCAUCAAGGCUGCCACCGCUACACAGCAGGAGAUUGUACAAGCUGGUCGUGGCUCGUCUUCGCGCACCGCCUUCUACAAGAAGAACAACAGAUGGACCGAGGGUCUCAUUUCCGCCGCCAAGGCUGUUGCUAACUCUACCAGCACUCUCAUCGAGACUGCUGACGGUGUUCUUUCCAACCGCAACAGCCCUGAGCAGCUCAUCGUUGCAUCUAAUAAUGUUGCGGCCUCCACCGCCCAGCUCGUGGCUGCCAGCCGUGUGAAGGCCGGCUUUAUGAGCAAGAACCAGGAGAGCCUGGAAGAGGCCAGCAAGGCUGUCGGUGCCGCCUGCCGUGCGCUCGUCAGACAAGUCCAGAGCAUGAUCAAGGACCGCAGUGCCGAGGAUGAGCAAGUGGACUACAGCAAGCUUGGGUCGCACGAGUUCAAGGUGCGCGAGAUGGAGCAACAGGUCGAAAUCCUUCAACUCGAAAACGCAUUGAAUGCUGCUCGCCACAGACUUGGCGAGAUGCGUAAGAUUUCGUACCAACAGGACGAGGACUAAUUGUCCCGCAACGCAUGGGGUUGUUGAGGUAGUAUACUCGGUGGCUUCAUUCAUCUCGCUGGCUUUACGCUUCAAUGCGCAGCGUGGGCACAUAAAUCCGACCAGAUCCUCUCCCUCAUUCUGUUUUCGUCCCGCAGCGUCUUCCAAAAUCUUCAUCAGAUGUUUUAUAUCUUAACUACCCCCCCCUGUACCUAGUUCGAAUUCCUUUGGGAGUCAUCAGGUGUUAGUGUUAAACUCAGUUUCAUCCACC